AUUGACGGUACAGGGAUACCGCUGUGCGACGUGAUAAUUGGCCUCCCUCUGCGCACAAAAGACAGUAUCAUGAUGUCUCAUACGGAACAUGUACUUGAGUCUUGCACCAAACUGCAGAUCAGCUCCAAUACGCCACCUAGUGCUGAUCAUGUCCUCGAGCUGUUCUCCAAAAUGCAGAUCGGCCCCAGCCCAUCUCUCGAUGUUGAUAACGUUCUCGAGCUGUUCACUAAUCUGCAGAUCGAUCCCAGCACGCUUGUUCUCAACGAACAGAACACCGAACUUCUACACCUUCCACACAACAUUAUUUCCCUCGUUUUCACGAACCUUCACCUUGCAGAUUUCCUCUCGCUGGCGAUGACCUGCAAGUACCUCUAUUCCUGGUCGGGCUGGGCCUACCAUAGGCUAGACUUUAGACUCGGUCAUGGAUGUCCAAAAACACUGAUGCGCACCAUCGUCGCGCUCCAGCAACUGACAUGGACCCUGGAAGUCCGCCCCGUUUUUCGGACCUACGUCAGGAUCGUCUACCUGUGUGACCUGUAUUGUGCCUCGCGACAGUCAUCACCUGCCAUAUCAUACCGGGACCUGUUCGAUGCACUUGACAGAUAUCUGAGCCGCAUUGUGAUGCUUUCUCUAGGUUUGAGAAGCGUCACCGUGGAUGCCACCACUCUGGGACACGUUCUUACAUUACCACAGACUGUCGACGCGCUCUUCUCCUUGCCUUACCUUCGGGAAGUUGCGCUCACAAAUGUCUUAUCGCCCUCAGUCCGUCUACGCCCGGCUUCUUCGAGGAAUAUUCGGAGCGUGAUGAUUCGCUCGGAAGCCUGGGAUGCCUUCGCAAGUGUCGGCUUCCUCCUAGGUCAGAAGCAACUCCAGAAGCUCGACCUAACACAUGACCUGCGCCAGCUGGACGCAGGCACCCUGGCUGAGUGUGUGCUCUCCUGGGCCGCUCUCCAGGAGCUGUCCAUAUCCUGCGACGAGAACAACGUGGUUGAUUGCUUUCAGCUUAUCACACAUUGCGUAGAAACGGGAGCCUGGCACAGCCUCCAUUCGCUCUCCGUUCAAGGUGCCAUUCGCCUAGACUAUCUGGCGCUCCUAAGGCCUGUCCCCCUUCGCCGCCUGCGAAUCAUAGUCAAUGUCGGCGGACAAUAUUCUCCCGACUACCACCCAUCAAUCAUUGAGAAUAUACUAUUCUACUUCCCGACCCUUGAAGAACUCGUUCUCGACCACUCUGGGAUGACAUCCUACGUGCCAAAGCUUGACAGAGUCUACCUUGCUACAUGGGCGGAACACAUUCGAGCUGCUGCAAGGCUCCGCGUGCUCGUUCUCCCGACGCUGUUUGUGGUCGAUCCUGCAGAUGGCGGUAUAGAUGAUGAUUUAAGCGACGAGAAUUGGGCGGAGGACGGGGAAUCUGAUGCCUCCGAUGCCGAGGACGUCAGAAUGGUCCCUUUCGUUGCGGACAAGGGCAAGCAGCCUGUGCGGCCUGUUAUUUCUGGUGAGUCGCAGCACAAGCAAUACGCCAGCGCCAACUCACCUUCCUUCUGCGUGACAGAAGUCAACGCUCCGCCGUCGCGCUCUCUGCGGAGCAUAGACAUGCGACUCAACAUCUGGGCAGAAGACUUCUUCGACUACUAUUUACAGAGUACAAGCCUACACGAGCUGCGCUUCUUGCACUAUGAUCUAGAAACAGGCUAUCGCGAGUCCGUCGCUUUCCGGCCAAUUGCUGGGAUGUUGAGUACCUUCGAGUCGGGCUUGAGACCGGGGUAUUUAGCGACAAGGGUGUGUAGGACGUACGAGAUGUUCUGGGAGCCAAGAUGGACAACACGGGACUGA